CCCUACCCCCUGGCCCCGACCGACCAAUUGGCCAUCACGGCGGGGCGAUUGGGUCAGGGGAUAAAUUGUGAAACGUAUUUUGAAGUGGAGUGACCAAGGGCUGUUCCCCCCCAACCGUGCUGCAUUCACUCGGCAGCCUCCACAGUGUGGCACAAAGACAAAGAGACACGCACAGGUGGGGACAAGGGACACGGACGGACACAGAGACAAAGGGGCACGGACAGAAACAGGGACCAGUGCAGGGAUACACACAGGGACGGGUGACCAGACGAUACAGGGAACAAGGAAUCGGACAGAUACAGGGACCAGACAGACACAGAGACGGGAACGGGUGAGCAGGCGGACACAGAGACAACGACACAGACAGAAUCAGGGACCAGUGCAGGGAUAGACUCAGGGACGGGCGACCAAACGGGAGCGCAGGACACAAGGAGUCGGGGCAGGUACGGGGACCGCAUAGGGACGGAUACAGGCAGGGCACGCGGGCGUUAGAGACAGGGAUACGACGUGGUGGCCUCGGACGGGGCAGAGACACGAGGAGGAGGACGUGGACGGAGGCGCAGGUGGAGCAGGAGCCGCGGGAAGCAAACUCGCGACCGGAGGAGUAUGACAGCAGGAGACUCAGCCAGCGCGAAUUCCGCCUCCAGCAGCAGGGUGUCCGCCCUUGAUGACGACACCAUGAACGGAAGCAUGGAGUCGAACCCGAGCCACGGCGGCUCGCUGGAAUCCGCGGCGGCGGCUGCGCCCCCUCCGCUCAGCCCGUCCAUCCUGGCGCUGCUGUCCCGCACGGGCUUCCAGCUGUCGCACGAGAACGGUCAGCGGCGUUACGGGGGCCCCCCGCCGGGCUGGGAGGGCGCCCCUCCUCCGCGCGGCUGCCAGGUGUUCGUGGGCAAGAUCCCGCGCGACUGCUACGAGGACGAGCUGGUGCCGGUGCUCGAGUCGGCCGGCCGGAUCUACGAGCUGCGGCUGAUGCUGGACGCGGACGCGAGGACGCGCGGCUACGCGUUCGUGACGUACGCCUCGCGGCAGGAGGCGCGCGCCGCCGUGCGCGGCCUCGACAACCACGAGGUGCGGCCGGGGCGCCUGCUCGGCGUCUGCUCCAGCGUGGACAACUGCCGGCUGUUCGUGGGCGGCAUCCCCAAGACGGCGCGCAAGGAGGAGAUCCUGGACGAGAUGAGGCGCGCCACCGAGGGCGUCACGGACGUCAUCGUGUACGCGAGCGCGGCCGACAAGACGCGAAACCGCGGCUUCGCCUUCGUCGAGUACGAGUCGCACCGCGCCGCCGCCACCGCCCGCCGAAAGCUGCUCAACGGGCCGGGCCACACGGCGCUGCAGCUGUGGGGCCAGCCGCUGGCGGUCGACUGGGCCGAGCCCGAGCCGGACGUGGACGAGGACGUGAUGGAGACGGUGAAGGUGCUGUACGUGCGCAACCUCAUGUUGGGCACCGGCGAGGAGACGCUGCGCGCCGUGUUUGAGGCGGUGGCGCCAGGCGCCGUUGAGCGCGUCAAGAAGAUCCGCGACUACGCCUUCGUGCACUUCUCGGGCCGCGAGGAGGCCCUGCGCGCCAUGAGGGCGCUCGAUGGCUCGGACGUGGACGGCGCCUGCGUGGAGGUCACCCUGGCGAAGCCCGUGGAUCGCGAGCAGUACUACAGCCGCUACCAGCGCACACAGCAGCAGCAGCAACAGCAGCGCGCCGGCGCGCUGGGCGUGGUGACGGCUGGCGUGGAGGCGCUGCCCGCCGGCGGGUACGUCUACUCGUACGACCCCUACAGCCUCGCGGCCUGCGGCUUCAACUACGGCGGGGCCUACAGCACCGUCGUGGGGCCCAACCGCGACUACUUCCUCAAAGUGCGAGAGUGGAACCGCAGCGCCGGCGCCGCGGCCGUCCCUGUACCGCGCGUCUCCCACCACGGCGGCUACAGUGCCGGGCGCAGCAUCUACAGCCGCUACCACGACAGCAAGGGCAAGGCCCUGGUGGAGCGUUGCGGCGCCGCCGGCGGCCUGUAUGAGCUGGUGCCGGGCAUCGAUAUGGCGUCCCUCAACCACGGCAUGACGCUCAAGCACGCGACCAUGCCCACCUACACGGCCAUCCAGUCUCCGUACUCCAUGUUCCCGAGCAUCGCCAUGGCGACCAAGAUGGCGGACGAGGAGAAGUCGGCGUCGCCGGAGCAGGGCGGCGGCGUCAUCGGGCGACUCGACAUGGGCGGCGGAAGCCAGGGGGGCAUGGUGCCCGCCCUGCCACCCACGCCCCCCCUCACCUACCAGGGACGCCCGCUGGGACCGCUCUACACCUUGACCCCCGGGGUGACCCCUGUGGCCACGGCGGCUGGCGGCUACUACGCGACGGCCACGGGCUACAUGCCGAUGACUGCUGGCCCGGCUGGCAUGCAGAGCAUGGCGGGGAUGCCCAAGGGGACGAUGGCGGUGCCGUAUGGGGCGUACGCUGGAUACCACAUGGCUCAGGCCAUCCCCAUGCAUGGACAGGAGGUGUACCAGCAGCUCUGAGCCAGCGUAGAGCAAAGUGCAAUCCCUACAGCGUCAACACAUCCGCCCCCAGUACAGCCAAUGGGCAGAUUCCAGCAGAUACGCACACACGCGCACACACACGCGCACACGCACCCACGCUCUGACCAUAUCUCACCGGACCGUGCGCGCGCACCAACAUUCGCGCCGUGUGUACGCACGGUGAACAUACGAAUGCGUGCACAACGGUUGCACAUGAAUACACGCGCAAGCAUUAGGGUUUCCACCUCUUGAGCUAGAAAACACCCAAAGCAUCUUCAAGGGAAGAAGAAUAAGAUUAUCUCGAAGAGGGAAUGCAGUCGCUAGAGUGGUGGUGUGCUAUUGCGCAUCUGAUGAAAAGUCGGGACUUGUGAUGUCGAGAGAAAGACUCUAAUCAUUUUUUCCAAAACGGCUAUCUCGACGAAGAGGCAACCUGUGAUAAACCAGCAGAGGUGGUAACCCUGGCACGCACGCACAAGACACACACACAGACACGAAGGCAUUCCUACACUCACACAUCUCAAACAGACACACGCGUGUAACGAACCGAACCACCAAGCAAGCAUUUGCAUAUACAUAAUUUUUUGACACGACCAUUCCAAACUUGAUUUCCGCUUCCGUGGCCGAGCGGCGCCGCGGCGCGUCCGGGGGGCCCACAUUCGCCGAGAACGGAAGCCGCGUCGGCCGAGCCUCACCAACCCGGCCGCGCACUCGCACAGGCGGCUUCCUCGACACCGCGCCGGAGCCGAUCGGCACGGGGAGGAAAGGGGGGGCCCGCGCCGGCCCGGGGGGGCCCGCGCCGGCCCGGGGGGGGGGCGCCAACCCUCUGACGUACGCGCAGGGACUCGAGCGGCGCCACCGAGAGGAGGAAACACCGCCGCAACGUGGGCCGCCAAAAACAUAAUUUUUGUGCUGCAAGAACAAAACUUAAUAGGGUUUUAUUACUACUGUAGUCAUGCAGUAUUAGAGAUUAAGGGAAUCGGGGGUAUUUGUGAAGUUGUUUUUGUUUGUUUUCCCUUGUCUCGAGUGACGAGCUUUGUCUCUCGGACGAAGAAGAUUUGGGCUCCGGCUAAAGCAGUAGAAAUCGGGCGAGAGACAUCUCAAAUUUGUCGCGACGGACUCUUGCGAUCGGUGACGACCGGGAAUGGCGAGCAUCAUUGAGGAUCUUUCUCAGGGGCGACGUGAACAUCAGCAGCCCCCUUUUCCCCAACCCCUUGUCUCAGGACCCCCCCUCACCACCCCCCCCCCCCCCAUCUCGGUGCAUCAUUGCGCUUGCCGUGCCCAUACAGAGAGUGGUGGGGUCUCCUGUGCAUUUUAACGGUAGCCACGGCACGAGAGUGUUGUUGUUGUUGUUGUUCAAAGCAAACAAUAUCUCGUUGUCUGCACGUUUGUUCCGAGUCUGUGUGUGAAUUUUUGUAGGAAAUGUUCAAGUGCCACUGUAGUGCAGUGGGCUGCGGCGUUUAUGGACGAAAGCGGAAAAAAGCAGAGUUUGAUCAUUUCCUCUUCUUCCAGAAAUUCAGGUUCUUCCAUUUAUUUUAUUUUGGGGGGGGGGGGGGGGGGGGGGGACGUACAAACUGCGCUUUGUCUCACUGACGACGACGACUGUACGUGGAGUCGCGGAGUUCCCGGAGGAGGAAGCCUUCAGACUCAGAAGCAGGAGGAGACUCGGCGAGCCUGUCUGUCCCCUUGGGGCGUGUAACUACUAUACGGGAGAGAGAGAGAGAUACAAUUAAUAUAUGUAAAGAAGGCCAAGGGGUCUAGAUAAUAGUGACGUAAAAAUAAAACACUUUAAACUCGUGCACGUUGAAGAGAGUCGGGGGAGCCAGUGAAGGAGAGAGGGCAUAUUGCAGAACCAUUUAAAGUGCAGCGCAUCUACAGAGUAGAUACUUUUGUAAACGCUUUAUAUAUGUGUGUGUAAAAAACAAACAAACAAAAAUG